AUGGACUACGAGCCGUAUGGCAACGGCAUGAACGAUGAAGAUGCAGGACCACGAGUGACCAUCCGACGAUCAAACCGCACCACUAUCGACUUCGUCCUCUCCAAUACCUCCCUCGCCCUCGCAAACUCCCUCCGCCGAACGAUGCUCGCCGAAAUCCCCACCCUCGCCGUCGACCUUGUCGAAAUCCACGCCAACACCUCCGUCCUCGCUGAUGAAUUUCUCGCACACAGAUUAGGCCUCAUACCCCUCAGCGCGCGCGACAUCGACAAGCUGCUCUACGGACGGGACUGCACCUGUGAUGACUUCUGCGACAACUGCGCAUGCUUCUUACGGCUGAACGCUGUGAACAGGAACUCCGACGAGAACAUGAAGAUCUUCGCGCGCGACCUCACAUUAGAGACGAGAGAUGGAAGACCGGUCGAGCCCUGGCCGGCAGGUCACAACGCAGGCAUGGAUGGAGAGCAGGAAUUACCCACGCGCGGACAACCGAUCAUCAUGGACGAAGGACAGAAAGGACCGCUAAUCUGCCAGCUACGCAAAGGCCAGGAGCUCAGAGUCCGCUGCAUCGCGAAGAAAGGCAUCGCGAAAGAGCACUCCAAAUGGGCGCCCACAGCAGCCAUCGGCUUCGAGUACGACCCGCACAACAAGCUCCGCCACACCCAGCUCUGGUACGAAGCAAAUGCGAAAGAAGAAUGGCCCCUCACAGCGAACGCAGACUGGGAAGAGCCGCCCCAAGAAGGUCAGCGGUUCGAGUAUGAGGCCGAGCCCGAUUCGUUCUACAUCAACCUCGAAGGCACGGGUGUGAUGCCGCCAGAUUCGGUGAUGCAUAACGGGAUCAGGACGUUGCAGGAGAAGCUGGCAAAUGUGAUCAAGGGGCUGAGCGAUGAGGGGGAUGCUGGGGUUCCGAAUGGGAUGGGUGGUGGGAGUCCGAUGGACGGGGUGAUGAACGGGGGCGGUACAGCCUACGGAAACCAGACUGCGUACGGCGGUGGCAUGUCCGCUUACGGUGGAGGUGUGGGCGGACAAUCCGCGUAUGGUGGCAACAUGGGGGCGUUUUCAUCCUACGGCGGAGCUGCAACGCCGUACGGUGGUUAUCGAGGCUGA